AGUUUCCGCGCGCAUACCGGAAGUGGGCGGGGCUGCUGUCUCAAACAGAUCAGACAGACAUGGCGUGUUUGUUAGCCAGCAGCAGUUUAGUUUCAGUUAUGCUUCAUCCAAAACGACCGAAAAAACACCACGCAUGGAUUCACUAUGUAUUCCUGGUGGUAUGUUUGGCCUCACCGACAGUUCUGGCAAAGCCUGACAGCCUCAAAGAAGUGACGGACGGGAACUGGGAGGAGAUCCUGACCGGGGAAUGGAUGAUUGAAUUGUCAGUCCUCUGCUAACUGCUAGCUAGCUUAUUUAGCUGUUUGUAAGCUCGUAGUAACCGAGCACAGUUUUCCUUUAUACCAUAUGGUUUCCUCUUUAUUUUUCUGUUUGUCCGAUGUUUUAAAAUGUAAAGUUUGGUCUCUUGCAGCUAUGCGCCCUGGUGUCCUGCGUGUCAGCAGCUGCAGCCGGUGUGGAAGGAGUUCGCGGACUGGGGGGAGGACAUGGGGGUCAACAUAGCCAAGGUGGACGUGACAGAGCAACCCGGUAGGCCUAAAAGACCUCUCCCAGCUGACACACACACCUUGAUUUAUGCUGACAGAAAAGAAAAGCUUUUAACGAGUGUAAAUUAGUCAUACUGUAAGUACUGCAUUUAUUAAUGAGGCACACCUAAAGAGGCUUUUUAGAUACUUUAUGUACCCUAAAAACAACAAAUGAUGAUCAAAUACAGAGUUUUAAAUACACUCCUCAAAAUACACUCCUCCUUUUAGUCUAGAAACUAAAGCCAUGAUAGUGGUCUCACCAAAUUUAUAAUCUAUUGUUUUGCUGUGGUUUUUGUACUUAAUAGGGCCCGACCGAUAUGGAUUUUUUGGGGCCGAUAACGAUACCGAUUAUUGGGGGGGGGGGGGGCGGGGUCCAAUUAAUCGGCCAAUUUUUAAAAAAUUUUAUGACGUUAUAAAAAAUAUUUAUAUAUACUGUAGAUAUCUUCAGUAUACUUUAUACCACAGUUUACUAUAUACUGUAGUGUAGGCUACUGCUCUUAACGCCAACAGGAGGACUGACUGAUCAAACUCGGACCAGAAAAGCGUUUUCAGCGAGCCCGCCGAUCGGUGCCUCCGCGUCUUAACUCACGUUACUCAUUUCCGGUCCGGUCUCAUCUGGAGACAUGCAGCUGUCUCAGUAAGAGAAGUAGCUCGAUCACGUAAUAUGUACUCUUGUAUACUACAGUCACUGGCACGGCUAACAGUGUAGCAAGGCUAAUAGCAGAUGGCUAACUCUAACUUUAGCUUGCAUAUUACAUGGUGCUUCAGCGUUAAGUGGGCGUGACCGAGACCAGCACAGCAGGGAACAUGGUGAAGUGGGUUGAACUGAAACUUGUCGAUUUAUUGUGUAUUUCACAAACUGCUUUAUUUACUGUUGAGUCAGACCACUCUCCUCCGUGCGUCCCUGAGCUGCCUGCUUCAGAUCCGUCACUCUGCUGUGCUGUGAGGUAGUUAGUGGAUGAAGACUGUCAUGAGGUCGCUGCGCCAUCUACAGGAUAAGUGGGAGACCUUUUCAAAUGGCGGGACAUUUUCGAAGUGAAACCGAAUCUUAUUCUCAGCAUUUUAUUUCCGAAAAUAUCAGCGAAAAUCGGCGAGUUUUGGCCGAUUACCAAUUAGAUUAAAACGGGCUAAAAUUGGCCGAUUUAAUCAUCUCGCCGAUAAAUCAGCCGGGCCCCAAUACUUAUAUUUCCAUUGUGUCCUGCCAGGGAACUGCAGAAGUAAAUAAGCCUUUAAGGUUUGGUGUGUAGAAAUAGGAACAUGUAGUGAUAUCUAGUAGCCAGAUUCUAUUUUGAAACACUCCCCCGCUCACCCCUCCCAUCGGUGAAGCAAAGGUGGCAUUUGAGGACAAGUAGCUUCUGUAAAUCAUAAGUGUGAUGCUCCAUGAGCUUUUACCGUAAAAAUGUCCAUUAGUACAGAUGAUUUUGCACACAGCAGCCACUCUGCUCUUCUUCAUUAUCAACUGUUGCAUUUCCCAUGGCCACUUACUGAACACAAAAAGGCAAUUGUUACUAGUUUGUCCAUUCUGUGCUGCAGUAGAAACAAGGAGGUGUGGAUAGCAGCCCCCAAAGAGAGCCAACUCCUCUAGAUAUAAAAGACUCAAACCAAGUUUAGAAAAAAUGAAAUGUUUUUUAUAUAGAGGUGAUUAUACAUAUAUAUACUCUACAUGCUUAUGCUGAGACUGGUAUAGGUCAGGUUAUAGUAGCAGUAUAUACAGAGAUACAAUAUGAUACUGAUACCAGAAUUUCUGAUAUUAAUAUUCUGUCUCCUAAGUCUGACAUACUUGCAGUUUAGUUUUGUGUCAAAUGUCUUCUUCAUGCACACUAAAUGUCCUCUUCUUCUCUGUCUGUUAGGUCUGAGUGGGCGAUUUAUCAUCACAUCACUUCCUACUAUUUACCAGUGAGUUUUCUCGGUCAUUUUGUGGUUUCUGUUGCUUCCUGUUUUUAAGGGCUGCUCAUAAUGUUUGGCCCAUUACGACAAAACUAAUCAUAAGUUGAUAUUUUAAACUCGCAAAAGAUUUCACUCUCUUUUGUGUGUUUACAAAAGCGUAAAUUUAGCAGUAUCAUAUGGUAAAACGAGACAGGUGGUGUGUAAAGAAAUAAACACUACAGGCUCCUGCUGGUCUAAAGUUUCAUGUUUGAAUGUUUCAGCUGUAAGGAUGGCGUCUUCAGGAAGUACCAGGGAGCUCGCACUAAAGACGACUUCCUCAGCUAUGUUGAUGAACAGAAAUGGCAAGCGGUGGAACCGGUUUCCUCCUGGCUUGGACCAUCUUCAUUUCUGUGAGUUCAUCUAAGUGUGAUGGUGAUAAAGUGUGAUGCUGAGAGGCAGCUGUCAAAUCCCCCUCAAUGAUAGAGAUAUCUGUGAAUUAUAAAUGAACACCUGAGCUGUAAAAAGACAUAUUUCGUUGGUUUUUUGGCUUUUCCUCAAAGUAGCAGGUGCAUAUCUUUUUGAGGGAACAGAAAAUAACAUCAGACAGCUAUCCUGUCUGUUCUAUUUAUAGUCCGUCUGCUGGUCUAAAACCAGAACAGCACACACUCCCCUCCCCCUUCUGUCAUUUACUUGUUAUAUUUUUGUGCUCCAGCUUUGUUGUGUUGUUUUGGUGUGAUAAAUCCUUGUUUAAUUCCAUGCUGUUCUUUCCUCAUAUUUUCACCAGAAUGAACUCAAUGUCUGCGUUGUUCAAGCUCUCCAUGUUCAUCCGGGUAAGUGAGACUGUCUCUCUAUCAGUUUUCGUCCCGAGGUGCAAAACAACCAAGCUAUCACAAAUAAACUAAAACGUGUCAGUAAUUACAAAUAUGAUAGAAAACUUACUCCUACAUUUCCCUGAAACACAUAAAAAAUAUAUCAAUGUAAAAUAAUACAAUUAUUCAAAACUACUAAAUGAACUCUGGCACUGGUUAAGUUUGCUUACUAGUAAUAAAAAAGUAUUUUAUCCCCAUAAAGUCUGGAUAUUUAAGAAUAAAAAUGUUUAGAAAUUGCUAAAGAAUCAGGUGUCUGUAUGUCACGAAUCAUGUUGUCGUCACAUAAAUAACGGAGCUCCCGUCAGGUUCACAGAGCGCUGUAAACUUUGGAUUUGUUGUCUAAAAAUCUAAUUUUGAGAUUAAAAGAAUGACCUCAUGGUGGCGCAAAAGGAACAUUUACAGAAGACAGUAGAAUGUGACUUGAAUGAAUUAUACAUGUUUUUAAUUAAGCGCCAAAAGCACUACAUAAAAAAAACUAUCAUAACCAGCUGUUAUGUAUGUGAUAGUUAUUUAAUUUUACGUCAUGUAGGUACAUUCGAUGAGGAAAAUUUUUGUAUAGCUACUAAAGAUUUGUGAUGCACAUUAAAGCUGUUUUUUGUGUCUUCCAGCGUUGUCACAACUACAUGACAGAGCAGCUGGGCAUGCCUGUUUGGGGGUCAUAUGUAAUCUUUGGUCUGGCCACUUUGUUCUCCGGCCUCGCUCUGGGACUGGUGAGUCCUUUUACAGUAUUUCUGUCGUCCUAAAAACAGUCACUCUGCUGUGAAUAUUACUGUUUUGAUGCUUUACCUCUGAAUCAUCUGCUGCUGUCGUCUUGUCUUUGCAGUUGCUGGUGUUCAUCGCUGAUUUUGUCUUCCCGUCACGAAGAUUUUCCUCUCAAGAAUACUACCAAAGUGAGUUUUUCUGUGAGAAUACACAAAAGAAAAGGCUGUUUAAGACGUUAAAUGUCUGAACAAAGUAAGAAAACGAAAGUAUCUGACUGAUCACUGACUGUUUUUCCUGAAUGUUUUUCUGCAGAGAAACAGACGAUGGAGCAGGCGAGGUUAAUCCAAAGACAAGAGGAUGAACAUGAAGCCGACGGCGAGGAGGACGACGACGAAGAGGAAGAAGAGGAUGAUGACAGCGACGUGUGGAGGAAGAGGAGAGGGUCACCUGAGGGGCGCCCUGAACCUAAAGGACAGGGAUUGUCUGAUGAAGCUCUGAGGAAGAGGGUGGUGGGAAACCGUGGAGAAGAGGACGAAGAGGAGGACACUUAGAGGGUCGCGUGUCUUCUGCUCCUCUCGAGGAAAUUCAACGACGGAGUUGGCAAAGUCAGAGGAGUUUUGGUCCCAAGCAGCAGUGUUUACAGCAAGGAGCCCCUUAAACCUCGCCCCUGUUGAUUCUUCUUCUUCUCUUCCUUCUCUUCUUGGGGGCCCCUGAAAACACCUCGCCUCUUUUCUCCUCCUUCUCUUGUUUUUUAACUGGAGCGCUUUAGACUCUCACGCCGCUCUCUCUCCGCCUGAGCAGAAGGCUCCACCUGGGAAAAAGUCAAAAAACACUCCUUACACCUGUUUUCACUUUGUGGAAACAAAAGGCCUGGUCGGGUUUCGGUAUAAUGAGUGGCGGAGAUGGAUUUUGCAAUGUUGUUUAUGCUAUGCAUUGUUUUUUAAAGGUUUGUGUGUCUAAUAUAUGUUUAUUAUUCUGAUUAAUGUUACCAGGCUUGGGUUAUUUUGUAUGUUUUACCCUUCAGCUAAUGUAUACAUAAGGUUUUACUAUCUCGCAUACAUUUUACAACCCUUGACAGUUCAGUUUAACACAACAAUGUACGCACACCAUUCCAUAUUCAGUGUUUUAUGGAGGGAAGAGUGACUCUAAAGUGCGAGUUAAAAUCCUAAAGAUACCUGUGGUUGACAUGGUUACAGCAGGUGUGCUUUAAAUCAACAGCAACUGCUUUGUUAGGAAGACAUCAGAGGAGCAGCUGGUUUAUCAGUUCACCCUCUUUAGCUUCAAUAAAGACAUUUAAUAAAAACCGCAAUGUAGAUCUGAUUUAAUGCCACAGUCAGGAGUCAGAUUUAUAUUUUUUAAAAACAUGGAUGUAAUCUUGGGGAUAUCAUCCAUUGAAGCCCAAAGAUGGUGGUCACUAUGUUGGGAAUAUUCACUCGUAUUAACUCCAGACUAAUCCUAAGACUGGCAAAGAUGUGGAGCUGUAAAUUCACUGCCUAUCAAACAAAAACACUUUCCUAUGACCGUAUUUAUGCAUAAGCUCCUAACCUUAGGAUAAUCAAACCAGAAGAAGUAUAAAAAAGUCCUGUUCACUCAGAGAGGUUGUAACUUAUUCAGGGCACAGCUGACUUUCCUGAAGAAGGCUAAAAGCCACCCUCUGCUCCACCUCUUUGCCUCAUGCUAGGCCAACCAAAAGUGAGGUUGAGUCAGCAUUUCCUACAUGGCCACCACCUUUGCAACUCCAUGUUUGCCACCUGGAAGUAAAGUACCUAAAUCACAUUCCUCCUCGUGGCCGGUCAGAUUAAACAGAAGUGUCUUGUCAUUUGAUUUUUAUGUCUGUACAUUAAAGAGUUUUGUGUUUUUGCUCUAACGCAGCAUAAUAUCCAUUUUGAAAAUUAAUCCUAAUCCUUAAUCCUGUUAGCAGAAAAACAGCAUAUUCAAAGGUGUUGCCAAAAUUCAGUAGUCCAGGCUUUAAAACAAGCUUAGUACUUCUACGUCUUAUUUACCGUUUCUGGUAUAGAGGAACAGAAACGGACCACAAAUUUGCUCAAACGAAGUUUUUUAUGUAAAUCUUAUGGAUUAUAACUUUAUGAUAGGAUGCAGCGGUUACAGUAAUCCAGCUUAAUCCCAAUCCCUCGGUACGCAAUCAGUUUGCAUCCUCUGCACAGGUUCAUACAGGGCAGGAUCCCUUCUUAAAGCGUCUGUGCUUUUGCAUCUGAGCUGCUCUCUUAACGGUUUGCAGGAUAGUCGAACAUGCUAGGCGCUGCGUAGUGACUCUGAAUUAAACGCCUGGUGAGUGUUUUUUUUUUCCUUCUUUUUUUCUGUACAUACUGUUUGUCCCUUUUGUGUGGGAAGUUUUAACUUCAUGUUGAUUUUUAAUGACUACGUGUGAAUCUCUGAUUACGGCGUGACAUCUUCUAAAGGUCUGAAUGUGUUUUUGACUUGUGAGGUGUGGCGUAUCCGUCCUGAAGCUGCUCUGCCUUAAGGAACAGCGAGAGGACUCAAAGAAACAAAGGGAGUUGUAAUUUAUCCUAAUGUAAUCUUCUUUAACCCUUUUCAGAAAGUUUGUAUUCAAAAUUUAAAAUUUCAGAUCGUUUUCUUUCUUCAGAAUAAGUGCGGUUUGGUGUGAUGGGAUCUGUUCUGAGUUCUAAACACGUUGGCACUUUUCUGCAUAUACAGUAUCUCUAAUAUUAAUGCCACUCUUAACACGGCCUGUAUCUGUGUCGGUCCUGUAAAGAAAAAACAAGCCGAGUAUGGAGAGAGACUAAUGUUUUGACACAUCGCACAUGUUAAUCUUGUCAAAGCUUAUGUUGGCUGGCAUAUACAGAUUUUUUUCUCCCCCUCCUUUUUGCUUAUUUAAGCUCUGGAUAAAACAGGUUGUAUUUUUUUACCUGACCACUCUUGAAGGCUUGUAGCAUUCACUCUGAGCGUAUUGUUUGAACAUUUCUUUGAAUAAAGGUCAGAGAACGGACUC